AUGUUAACUAGUUGCUCGCAGAAAGUGGCAGCUGAAAAAUCAUCCUUUUUUUUUUUUCCUCUUUGUUCUUUGUUUUCCCAGCUCAGCAAAAGGCCAAGAUGCCUAGCGGUUUCCCAGGACUAUGUGUUUAUUGCAGGAGCCAAAGGCUUCUCCAUCUACAAUCUGCACGAUGCUAAACAAAUCUAUGUUUACGAGAAAUUUAAGGCCGAGGUCAUGUCCAUCUGGACCACAGACUUGGGGAACGAAACGCUUAUGGCUCCUGUGGAUGAAAUGGGUGUCGUUAGACUGUUUUAUCUUUGUAAGGAAGGUCUCUUCUUCAUCAAAACCAUCAACGAAGUGGAUGACACCAACAAGCAAACCAUCUGCAUGAAGAUGGACAUCUCUCAUGGAGGGGGACUUGCAGCCUUCCUCAUACAAGGGGCUGGAGACACUUGGCUGGACGUGUACAAGUUGCCCAAGGAGUCUUGGGUCAAGGAAGUGGAACACCCCCAACUGGCUGUGAACCCAAAGAAAAAACCCAAACAGCUCCAAGCGGAUGGAAGCACCUGUUGUCUGGCGGAGUUUAAGUUGAGUAUUCCAGUCCAGAUAAUGAAGAUCAAGCCACCCAAACCCAUUACAGGCAGCCUAUUUAAGAGUCCCCUGGAAGUGUUUGCAAAGAUGGAGGGCUGCUACGGGCUGGGCUCGGGCCAGAACCACAUCAUCAAGGACAGUCAGUGGGAGCAGCACACCGCCGUCUUCAACGCCACCUACAGGAAGUACCUGGAUGGGGAGUGGGAGGAGGAGCCGCUCAGCAUGGCCACGUUCCACUUCCUUUUUCACAGCUGCCUAACGGUGAUGCCAGCAGAGGUCAAGAGCCCCCCAGGGGUAGCCAGUGUCCUCGGCGUACACUGGACAGGCCGGCACAACUUCUUCCUCUAUUCACUCAACCGCAACCUGAAGGACAGAGUUGACCCCGAGGGCGUGUGGCCUUGUGCCGCACCCAUUGCCUUGUCUCAGCUCAGCGACUGCGGCUCCUACCUGGUGCUGGCCUGCGAGGACGGGGUGCUCACGCUGUGGGACCUGGCCGAAGGACUGCCUCUUGGGGUCAUCGCUCUUCCUGAGGUGUGUUCCUGCCAAAGCAUUCACUUCCUGAAACACUUCUUGGUCCACGAAGGGCGGAACGUGUACCCUGAGGGGCCGGCGAAGUCCCAAGCGACCUGUGUGGUGCUGUGCACGGACUCGUCCCUCCACCUGGUGACCGCCUCGGGGGCCCGAGGCCCCACCGUCAGCGUGCUGGUGGAGAGGCCCGUCAAGCACCCGGAGGAGGCUCUCUGCGCCAUGGCCCCCGUCCCGGCCUUGCCUGGCAUGGUGCUGACCUUCUGCAGGAACGGCUCCGUGCUCCUGCUGGACGUGGCCCGGCCUCACGUCGUCUGUGCCUUCGCGCCCCCAGGGCCUUACCACCUGGCGGUGCCCUGGAAGCCAGUGUUUGCCGUGUCUUCGAAACACCCGUUCUUCCUGCUCCGAGGAGACCAUCCGGAUGGGGACAGUGACACCCCAAGUUCUGUCUUCUACUUCAAUUUCAACUCCUGCUCACUCCUGGAGAACACCUCAAACAGCUGCUUCAUUCCCCAAGCGGACUUGGACGCCGCGGGCUUCCCCCAGGAGUUGUCCCUGGAGAGGAGAUGCGAGGGCUUCUUCCAGAAGAGGUUUCAGAAGCUGGAGAACAAGGUGAAGGAGAAGGAGCACUGGACCCGGCUGCGGCGGUACUCGCUGUUUCUGCAGAGAGAGAGCAUCAGGAAGUGACCGGGCCACGGCCGGCUCCCGGGGAGGUGUCGGCAGCAGGCAGCCCGGAGGCCCCGAGGUGAAGAGACACGGCGACAAAGGGCCCAGGGGCCUGGACUUGCGGCCUGGGACCCCCGCAGAGCCAGCAGGGGGAGAGGGACUAUUUUGGGGGGUUUCAGUCACGAUGCCGACUGUCAAAGCCCUCGGGCGGGCAGGCAGCUGUGUCACCCAAAUAAAUUGUGAUAUUGUUUCAGCUUCCAGGGUGGUGUGGGGUGUAGCCCUCUGCUCCCACCCAGGCCCGGCCAAGCGGGGCCCAGGCCUGUGAGGACCCCUGCCCGACGGACAGCCACUCCCG